GCUGCCGGCUCAGGAGCCCCGAGGGUCGGCGCCCGGCGCGGCGGCCGCCAUGGAGGCGCGGGUCCUGCUGCUACCGCUGCUGGCCGGGCUGCUCGGCGGGGCCCCGGGGGCCCGGGCCCAGGCCUGCUCCGUGAGCCAGACCGUCCUCGAGAUCGAGGAAAACACGCAUCGCCCUGGGCCCCUGGUCGACAUCGACGUCCCCUCCGGCCAGCAGGUGACCCUGGGGCCCUCGUCCACCCCCUUCGCAUUUCGGAUCGAGGAGAACCGGCUGUAUCUCAACGUGACUCCAGAUUAUGAGGAGCACCCCGUGCUGCAGGCGCACCUGGAGUGCAGGAGGGGGGACGCCGUGGUCACGCAGCUGAGGUUGUUCGUGAUGGUGCUGGACGUCAACGACAACCCGCCCGUCCUCUCCUUCGUGAACAAGACAGUGAACGUCAGUGAGGACACGAAAGUGAACUCCAUCGUCAUCCCGGAGACAGAACUGGAGGCCAAGGACCCCGACAAGGAUGACAUCUUGUUCUACACCCUCCAGGAGGAGACCCCAGGCGCUGGGGACUUCUUCUCCCUGGUGGGUGCAAACCGCCCGGCCCUCAGGCUGGACCGGACGCUCGACUUCGACAGGUGCCCGGCCAUGUCCUUCCGGCUGCUGGUGCGGGACACGCAGGAGGAAGGCGUGGUGCCCAGCCACACGGCCACGGCCUCGCUGACCCUGGCAGUGCUGCCCGCCGACCUGCGGCCCCCCUGGUUCCUGCCCUGCAUCUACGCGGACGCCCACGUCUGCCUCCAGGCCCAGUACCAAGGGGCCGUGCCCACAGGGCACCGACUGCCUGCCGCCCUCAUCCUGCACCCAGGGCCCGUCUAUGCAGUGGACGGGGACCGGGGCAUCAACCAGCCCAUCCUCUACAGCAUCGUGGGUGGGAACGACGCCGGGACAUUCGCCAUGGACAGGGACUCGGGCAACCUCACCAUGGCCAGCAGCAUCCCCAGCCCCACGACCUUCAGCCUGCUGGUCGAGGGCAAGCAGGCCGACCUCGCCCGCUACUCGGUGACCCAGGUCACCGUGGAGGCCCGCGCGGCCGCCGGGAGCCCGCCCCGCUUCCCCCAGGGCCUGUACCGCGGCGCCGUGGCCCUCGGCACCGGAGCUGGCCAGGCCAUCAGGGACGCCGCCGACCCCUCCCAGCCUCUGAGGCUUCAGGCCCAGGACCCGGACUUCCCGGACAUCAACUCGGCCAUCACGUACAGAGUGACCAACCUCUCGGAGUUCCGGAUGGAGGGGGAGCUGGUGGUGACGGCUGCCAGGCUGGAGCACGCUGGCCUCUUCUACGCCGAGGUCGAGGCCAAGAACACGGUGACCUUGGGCACUGCAGCCACAGUCAUUGAAGUUCAGGUUUGGGAACAGGAGCCCCCCACCACAGGAGAGCCUACAGGCUCCCCCACAUCCCCAGAGACCGGAAGGACACCUGGGCUCUCGAGCACCACUGCGGAAGCCCCCAGCCCCCCCAGGCCCUCUCAGGGACCCUCCACCACCAGCUCUGGGGGGGCCACUGGCCCACGUCCACCACCUCCUGCCUCGCCUACACCUGGGGGGCCCCCCAGUGCGGGAACAAGCACCUCCUCCCCAUCAGCCACGUCAAGUGGGGGCUCAGCGCCAACCCCAAAGCCAGGAACCUCUCAGCCGAUGCCCCCUGGGCCCAGCAGGACCCCCAGGCCCUCAGAGGCGCCAGGGGUCGGGGGAGGCAGCACAGCCGGGGAUGGCGCUGUGGGCGGCCACGCUGAGGACCGGCGCUUCUCGGUGGCGGAGAUGGCGGCACUCGGUGGGGUGCUGGGCGCGCUGCUGCUGCUGGCCAUCAUCGCCCUCGUGGUGCUCGUCCACAAGCACCACGGCCAUCGCCUCAGGUGCUGCGCCGGCAAAGCUCUGGAGCCCCAGCCAGGCGGCUAUGACAACCAGGCCUUCUCCGACGGCAAGGCCAGCUGGGCGCCCGCCCCGAGCCCUGCCCCGGCCGAAGCCCCGCCCGCGCCCCCCGAGCCCGCGGCCCCCGCGCCCCCCAGCCCCGCGUCGGCCCACGCCCCGGGGUCCCCGGCGGCGGCCCGGGCCGGGGGCAGCCCCGCGGCCAUGAGGUCUAUCCUGACCAAGGAGCGGCGGCCCGAGGGCGGCUACAAGGCCGUGUGGUUCGGCGAGGACAUCGGGGCCGAGGCCGACGUGGUGAUCCUCAACGAGCCGGCCCGAGACGGGGACGACGCCGGCGACUCGGGGAGCGAGGGCAGCGGCGCCGAGGACGCCCCCGACGCGGACUCCACCGACAUCUAGCGCGCCCCUGAGGCGCGCCGCCCCCUCCCUCCAGCCGCGCGGAAUAAAGCGACACUUUCUC